GUGGGGUUCCUCUUGUAAUCUUGCUCCCCCUCGUAAUUUCCGUCAUUUGUGCUGAAAUAUUUUUUAGAUCGACGGGGAAACUCUCCCUCCUCCUGGAUUGCAAGAGCAAUGCACUGGAGCGCGCCUUCAGGUAUGACAAGCUCUCCCUCCUCUUCCACACCUGGACCUUGUAUUUGCAGUUGCAGAGUGGUAAGUCCAAACUCCUAAGCUCCUGGAUUGGAUUAGAUUGGUGGGUUGUAGAAAUCUAGGUAUUCUAGACAGGAAAUUGAGGAGGAAUCGAAGACGACGAUGAUGAUUCAGCUGCAAUCCCAAGUUUCAUCAUCAUUUUGGCCAAUCAGCCCAAUCCCGAUUGAGGCUCCGAAAGGCCGGAUGUCUGCCUUGAAUGUGCGAUCAGGAGGACGACGACGAGGAAUACGAUGUGAAGCGGUGGCGGCGGGAACGGGAACGGGAAUGGGGCCUUACACGGGGAGAGACCCAAAUGUGAAGAAGGCGGAAUGGCUAAGGCAGAAAGCCCCCCAGGGACACAAGUACGAGGAGGUCAAGGAGUCCUUGUCCCGUCUGAAUCUCAAGACGGUGUGCGAGGAGGCCCAGUGCCCUAACAUCGGCGAGUGUUGGAAUGGAGGUGGCGAUGGCAUUUCCACUGCCACCAUCAUGCUCCUCGGCGACACCUGCACCCGCGGCUGUCGCUUCUGUGCCGUCAAGACCAGCAGGACCCCUCCACCUCCAGAUCCCAUGGAGCCUCUUCACACUGCCACCGCCGUUGCCAGCUGGGGCGUCGAUUAUAUUGUUUUAACCAGUGUCGACCGCGAUGACCUGGCCGACGGUGGAAGCGGACAUUUUGCUCGCACCGUCCAAACCCUCAAGACUCUCAAGCCUGACAUCAUGGUUGAGUGUUUAACUUCAGACUUUCGCGGUGACUUGACGGCUGUACACACUCUGCUUUACUCUGGACUUGAUGUUUUUGCACACAACAUUGAGACUGUCAAACGCCUCCAGCGAAUUGUCAGAGACCCUCGCGCUGGGUAUGAGCAAAGCUUAUCUGUUCUAAGACAUGCAAAACAAAGCAAGAAGGGGAUGAUAACAAAAACUUCUAUAAUGUUGGGCCUGGGAGAAACAGACGAUGAGCUGAAGGAAGCCAUGGCUGAUUUAAGGGCUAUAGAUGUUGAUAUAUUGACACUUGGACAAUAUUUACAGCCAACUCCAUUACAUUUGGCUGUCAAAGAAUAUGUUGCCCCUGAGAAAUUCGUUUUAUGGAAGGAAUAUGGGGAGUCUAUUGGAUUUCGUUAUGUAGCCAGUGGGCCCUUGGUCCGGUCCUCGUAUAGGGCAGGGGAACUGUUUGUUAAAACAAUGAUCAGAGAAAUGGCUAACAGCUCUAUUGGCGUACCUCAGUAACUUAUGGACUUCAAUACGGAUGGCUACCAAAACGACAAUAAGUUGGUGGCUGCAUGAACAGCUAAAAAUGGGGAAAAGUUAUGAUUGCAAUGAGCGGAUGGCCAUACAUUUUUAGAGGGUCUGAAUUUCCUAGGUCUGCUAUAUAUAUACAAAUUUUGGUAUUUUGGUUCAAUUGAGAAUGUUGAUGUGCCACAAUCAUUUGUUUGUUAAACGUAGUGGGAGAUAAUAACACAUGUUGGAGUCGGAAUCAAGAUUUUCCCAUAUUCUGUUAACAUUUCAAUUCAAAUUAGGAGAGGAAAGAGAGGACGAUGACGAUGGUAGCUGCUGUGGUGAACAUUUGCUUGCAGUUGCAGUUGCUUUUGCUUAGUA